GGCGCAGACAACGGGCCGGGCCGGGCCGGGCGGCAGCAGCGGCGGGGACCACCACGCGCAGGCGCGCACGCACGCGGCCUCCAACGCACCAGAGAGCGCGGCCAUGGCGACCAAGGAGAAGCUGCAGUGCCUCAAGGACUUCCACAAGGACAUCCUGAAGCCCUCGCCGGGGAAGAGCCCGGGGACGAGGCCGGAGGACGAGGCCGAGGGCAAGCCCCCGCAGCGGGAGAAGUGGUCCAGCAAGAUCGACUUCCUGCUGUCCGUGGCCGGCGGCUUCGUGGGUUUGGGCAACGUCUGGCGCUUCCCCUACCUCUGCUACAAGAACGGCGGAGGGGCCUUCCUCAUCCCGUACUUCAUCUUCCUCUUCGGGAGUGGCCUGCCCGUCUUCUUCCUGGAGAUCGUCAUCGCCUUGUCUUCUCUCUCCUCGGAAGGGGGGCAGCACCUGCUGGUGAGAAAGAUCUGCCCCUUGGUGUUUCCGGUGGAGUUCCAGGGCAUCGGCUACGCCUCCAUUGUCAUCGUUUCCCUCCUCAACAUCUACUACAUCGUCAUCCUGGCCUGGGCCAUGUACUACCUGAAAAACGUGCAGAGGUUCACGGAGCCUUAG